CCACCCCCCCCCCCCCCCUCUCCCCCUCGCCUCGCGCUCCUCCCAUGGAGGCCACCCCGAUCUCCGUCAAGCCGCCGUCUCCGGCGGCGCCACCGCCGGCACCGGUGCAGGUACCGGUGCCGGUACCUCUGCCGCCGCCGCCCAUGCCCCCGCAACCGGCGGCCGUGGAGCCCCUGGCCCCGCAGCCGGUGUCCGUGGUGGUGGCGGAGGCGGAGCCCUGCAGCAUGAACCAGCUGGCGCUCACUCCCACCCCGAAGCGGCAGAAGGUGGAGGAGAGCGCGGACGGGAACGGGUGCAAGCAUUGCGCCUGCAAGAAGUCGAGAUGCUUGAAGCUCUAUUGCCCGUGUUUUGCUGGUGGAGGUUAUUGUUCUGAAAAGUGUGGAUGCCAGCCAUGCUUCAACAAGGCCGCAUAUGCCGAAACAGUGCAGACCACUCGCAAGGUGCUUCUUUCACGACAGAAACGGAUGUCGUUGAAAAUUAAUCGAAGAUCCGAGACAAAUGCUGAAGCGGUGGAAGAUGCUCACCAUUCUUCUUCUUCAACUCCGCCUAGGCGAGGUUGCAAUUGCAAGAAAUCAAGUUGCCUAAAGAAAUACUGUGAUUGCUACCAGGAUGGGACUGGCUGCUCUUUGUUUUGCCGAUGUGAGGACUGCAGGAAUCCUUUUGGGAAAAAUGAAGGCAUAAUGGCAGAAGAAAGUAAGCGCUUUUUAUACACCGGCGCAGAUCUGGAUCACAGUGAGGAUGAACAUGACUUUGUAGUGGAGCGUUCACCUCGUCUGCAAUCACCAAUUUCAAAGGAGUCUUCCUUCCAGCAAACUCCCCCACAUAUGAGAGCCGCAAACAGAGAUACACACAUGUUCCCGCAGGCGCUAUCGCAGUGGCAGCCUCGCUCAUGGCAUUGCUCCAAGAGGCAGAGCAACGAUCGGGUGAUUGAUGACACCGGGGAAUACAAGAACUCAAAUCACGACUGGCAGUUGUCCAAGCAAGAAGACAGCUACAGCAUAUCAAGAUGCGUCCAGAUACUGAACGGCAUGGUCGAGCUAUCGCAGGUGGAGAAAUCGGUAGCCCCAGAUGUGUUCCUCCAGGCGGGCAACCGGGAAAUAUUUGUCUCGCUUAGUGGUGAUGUCCGGGCCCUGUGGCUGAAGCGCAAGAUCCAGAACCUGACUUAGAACAUGUCAUUGUCACCAAGCGUUGUUUUGGAGCUGAGAUUGGAGGCACCAUUGAAUCAAUCCUUUUAGGUUAUGCAUGUCCUUCUGGCCGGUUGAAAAUGUGCAGGAUGUUUAGGCUCUUCUUGUAUACUGAGUUGUAUCCCAAAUUUGCAUCUUGUCUCUGUAGAGAGCUAGCAGCAACUGCGGACCUGGUAACCAGUUACUAUAAUAAAUGAGUUAUGCACCUACAGG